AUGCCGCGAGGAAAGUGGAUCGACAAGAAGACGGCUACGCACUUCACCCUAGUGCACCGGCCGCAAAAUGACCCCCUCAUCCACGAUGAAUCGGCGCCGUCGAUGGUGCUGAAUCUCGUCCAGCGCGCCUAUGGGUCGAAAUCUAAGAGCCUGGGCGAUCUCGCCUCGGAGCUGGGGUCCGACGCCGAGAGCAUCCGCGACAACGAGGGCGAGGCCGCCAACUACGGCGUCUACUAUGACGACACCGAGUAUGACUACAUGCAGCAUCUCCGCGACAUUGGCCAGGGCUCCGGAGACGCCAUCUUUGUCGAGGCGAAGGCGGCGGCGGCAGCGGCCAAGGGCAAGGGCAAGGGGAAACAGCAGCCACUCGAAGAAGCGCUGCGCCAACUUGACCUGAAAAACGAUUCUGAGGAUCUGCUCGACGAGGCGAUCCUGCCUUCCAAAAACCUCCAGCGGCUCACAUACCAGGCGCAACAGGAUGUGCCCGACGUCAUUGCUGGAUUCCAGCCCGACAUGGACCCGCGCUUGCGGGAGGUGUUGGAGGCCCUGGAGGACGACGCAUACGUAGACGACGAGGACGAUGACUUAUUCAAGGAGCUCGCCAAGGACGGGCAGGAACUGGACCGGGACGAAUCUGAGGAGGACGACGAAGGCUGGGAAUCUGACUGUACGGCAAAGCCAACGCGGGAAUACAAGGAUGAUGGAGAGGUGCCCCAGCUCGUGGACACGAAGAACCCGCAGUCACAAUCGGAAGGGGGUGUUUCGCAAGACUGGCUGGAGGAGUUCAAGAAGUUCAAGAACGAUCAGAAAGCCGAAAAGAAGCCAAAAGCGGCGCCCGCACAGUCAGAGGUUCAGUCAUCAAUAUGGACCACGACAACAAAUGGCGGGCAGAGGAAGAAGCGGAGCGGUGCCCUGACAAACCCGUCAAACUACUCCAUGACAUCCUCGUCCCUCUUCCGCACAGAGCAGCUGGGCAUACUGGAUGCCCGCUUUGAAAAGAUUGACGAGGACUACAACGGCGAUAUGGAUGACAUGGGCUCCGUGUCGGAGAUGUCGGCCAUGUCAACCGCAUCGAGCGUGACGGGGCCUGUCCGACAGGAUUUGGAUGGCCUGCUGGACGAGUUCCUCGGCGGGUACUCUAUGCGGGGCAAGAGGAGGAUGAAGAAGGGAAAUUAUGGAAACGGCAUCCAGCAACUCGAGGAUAUAAGGAAAGAGUUGGGGCCCGCAAAGCUCCGCUAG